AUGAAUACAUCCGCUGGUGGCUGUAUAACGACGGCACCCUAUGACUCCAGAAUCCAUUUAAAAGGCCUGUACAUCGCUUGUGAGGUCGUUAUUGCUGUGUUGGCCAUCGUAGGUAAUGUCCUUGUAUGUGUGGCAGUCACCUGGAACAAGAAGCUUCGCACAGUCACUAAUUACUUCCUGAUAUCGUUGGCAGUAGCAGACAUCCUGGUGGGUUUGGUGGCCAUUCCCUGUGCUGUGCUGACUGACCUGGGCCGUCCUCGCUACAACCUGCCUCUCUGUCUGCUCCUGCUCACCAUCCUGAUAGUGCUCACACAGAGCUCUAUUCUGAGCCUGUUGGCCGUGGCGGCAGAACGCUACAUGGCGAUCCUUCUGCCCUUCCAGUACCAGCGCAUCAUGAGUCCCAGGAAUGCUCGGCUGGCGCUGUUCAUUACUUGGAGCUUGGGUGUGGUUUCUGGUUCUGUGCCGCUCAUGGACUGGCAAAAGCAAAAGGCCGACUAUGAAUAUUGUCUCUUCUCUUGUGUGGUGGACAUGACCUACAUGGUCUACUUCAACUUCUUCUGUGGCCUCCUGUUGCCACUUGUGGCCAUGUUUGUCAUCUAUGCACACAUCUUCGUCACCGUUCGCCGCCAGCUAAGGCGCAUCACCAUAUGCCGGGAAGCGGCAGAGGUCAGGUCGACUUCUGUCAGCAGGACUACUGGGACUGGGAUUGAGAACAGUGUAACUCAGGGCUCAGCAGCUGGAAGAACCACAGGAAGAGGAAGUGGCACAGAGGUGGCGGGUGUGACUGAAAAAGCUACGGCCGAAACGGAUGCCGAGUCUGGAGUUGGAUCUCUUAUUGAAACUGAUACGACCACAGUCUUUACAAAGGCAAACAUCAGGAGCUCCAGUCCCACUCAGUGUCUAUCCGCACCACCCAACGAGGGAAAAUCAGGCACACGUGUGCUCCACGAGGCCCGUAAGGCCACCUCCCUCUUCAUGGUGCUCUUCCUCUUCAUGGUGUGCUGGAUGCCCAUCCACUGCAUUAACUGCAUCACACUGCUCUGUCCGCAGUGCGACGUACCCAUGUCACUCACACUGGCCGCCAUCUUACUUUCGCAUGCCAAUUCAGCUCUCAACCCUCUCCUGUACGCGUAUCGAAUGAAGUCAUUCCGACGCACACUCACAGGGAUGUGUUACCAGAGCUCAAGGUUAAACCAGCAGUAA